UUGCAACAGCGUAGAAAAGGCGUCCCGGGUUCAAAACCACACGUGGGUAUCAUUGGCGCAGGACUGGCUGGCCUCCGGUGUGCGGAUAUACUGUUGCAAAAUGGAUUCCAAGUGACCAUCAUCGAGGGCCGUGAUCGCAUCGGCGGCAGGCUCUACCAGGAGAGACUUGGCAACGGUCACUUGGUUGAUAUGGGACCUAAUUGGAUACACGGCACUGACGAUAACCCCAUGCUGGACCUGGCAAAGCAAACGGGAACGGCCGUUGGAACUUGGGAUCUGACGUCUUACGUCUUUAACGAGGAGGGUAGCUUAUUGCCGGUGCAGGAAGGAGAAAAAUAUGCCACUCUAGUGUGGGAUAUCAUCCAAGAUGCCUUUAUACAUUCCAACAAGUCAUCUGCAGACAUCGAUGAUAGUAUAAGUCUGUUGGACUUUUUCAAAGAAAAGGUGGUGGAAAAGAUUCCCGAAUCCGAGGACAACUUCCAGAAGAAGAGAGAGACGGUGCUGCAGAUGUCUGAGAUGUGGGGUACUUUCGUCGGCAGCGCAGUUGGUCGACAGAGCUUGAAGUUCUUCUGGCUGGAGGAGUGCAUCGAGGGCGAGAACCUGUUUUGCGCCGGCACAUACGAAAAGAUCCUGCAAGAGGUCGCACGGCCAGCGCUUUCACAUGCCACAAUCCAAUUCGAAUCAGUCGCCGACAAGAUCUCCUACAGGACAGAGCAAGAUGAUCAAGUCCGAGUCCAGCUCAAGGGCGGCCAAACCUUGGCGUUUGACGAGGUCGUCGUCACAUGCCCCCUGGGGUGGCUGAAACGAAAUCUCACCGCAUUCGACCCUCCCCUGCCGUCAAUGCUCACAAAGGCCAUUGGCUCCAUCGGCUACGGAAGUCUUGAGAAGGUCUACAUUAGCUUUCCCAAGGCAUUCUGGCUGCCGGCCGAAGGCGAUGGUCGCAGAGUCCAGGGCUUUGCCCAGUGGAUCGCUCCCAGCUAUCAUGCUGAGAACCCUCGAGGGUGGAAUCAGGAGGUGGUUGAGCUGGCCAGCAUUGCGCCUGAAGCUGCUCACCCCACGCUCCUCUUCUACAUUUACGGUGAGCAGUCCGAUUACCUGACUGCCAAGGUGGCCGAGCUGGACGGCACGGAUAAGAAAGACGCCUUCCUCCUGGACUUCUUCAAGCCAUAUUAUUCCCGGCUGCCGCAGUACUCUGAAGAGUCGCCAGACUGCCAGCCAGUCUGCUGUCUCUCAACUAAUUGGGUGCGCGACGAGCUGGCGGGACACGGCAGCUACUGCAAUUUCCAGGUCGGCCUGGCAAACGGCGAUGAGGACAUCAAGACGAUGAGACAGGGUUUGCCGGAGCAAGGGCUGUGGUUAGCAGGCGAGCACACGGCGCCGUUUGUCGCACUGGGGACGGCAACUGGGGCGUAUUGGAGCGGAGAGUCUGUCGGCAAGAGGAUAGCGGAGGCAUACGAGCAUGAGCACGGCGUGGAAGUGGCUCCAUAA